AAAACUACCUGUCCCUAUGUUCAUCUUUCUCUCUCUAUAUGUACAUGUUUAUAUAUGAAUAAUUGUUUUUCCACUUAUUACACCACUCUUGUUUUGCCUCUUUCUCUUUCCCUAAAAAAGUCAGCGCCUUCUUCUGCCUCUGUCUCUCUCUUCUCUUUUCUCCAACAGUUUUAGCAUAGAAGCCAGGUACAGAUUCGCAGACCUUUGUGAUUUUGAGAAGCCAUGGAGGUGGACUGGGAUCUGCAUGCGGUGGUCAGAGGCUGUUGCAACAUCACCUCCACCACCACCACCACCACCACCACCGCCAUCACUAAUUCACCUACUAUGUCUUUCAAGGAUGAUUUUGAUUCUAGAUCUUGGUUUUCUUCUUUCACUACUUGUGAACAAGUUGCUCCUCUUUUUUCUUUGGCUGAUCCUUUCGAAGCAAGAAAUGCCAUCGAAGAGUUACAUGAUCUUUACAAGCCAUUUUUUCCUAAAUCUAAUCCUAUUUCACCAAAAAGUAGUAUGGCUAGCAAACCCAUAUCUUCUUUUCCAUCCAUGACUUCUUCACUAAACCAAACACACUUCAAACAACGACAACAGCCUAAGCAGUCUCAAGCUACUUCUGUAACCACUUCUUCUACUGCAAAUUCUCAUACUCCUCGAUGCAAAAGAAGGAAGAAUCAACAGAAGAGGGUUUGCCAAGUUCCAGAAGAGGGUCUUUCUUCAGACGUUUGGGCUUGGAGAAAAUAUGGCCAGAAACCCAUCAAAGGCUCUCCUUAUCCGAGGGGCUAUUAUAGGUGUAGCAGUUCAAAGGGGUGCUUGGCCCGUAAACAAGUGGAGCGAAACAGAUCGGAUCCGGGUAUUUUUAUAGUAACAUACACAGGAGAGCACAAUCACCCAGCACCAACCCACCGAAACUCACUCGCCGGCAGCACGCGCCAGAAACCCGUGACGCCUCAAGGCCAAGCCGCCACCGCCACCACCACCACCACCACUACUAGUGACUCUAACAAACACCCUUCUUCAGACAAACCCACUGUCUCUUCCUCUUCCCCAACAACCUCCUUAGAAGUGGAAGAAGAGAUUGUGCCUGAGAGUACAAAUACCGAAAGCAGAGAACUAGAGCUAGAUAUGCUUGAAGAUGAGGACGAAGAAGAAGAUCUUGGGUUCUCAGAUGUUGGAAUUAGUGAUGAUUUCUUCGUGGGUUUAGAGGGAUUCGUCUCUGGGGAGAAUUUUCCCGAUAAUUUCCCGGCGAAUUUUGGACUUCCUUGGGUUGCCAACAGCACUGCUACCGCUGCCGGCGGUAUCUAAUUGGGUGGAAAAGUCAUUGUUAUUAAUGUUAAUGGUUUUUGUCAAAUAUAAAUUAUACAGGGGCUUCUUUCUAGUAUAAAAGUAGAAGCCAAAACAAACAAUGGAUUUUUAUGUGCUGAGUUGAGUCCAUUAGCGAGUCUUGUAGAGGAAAAAAGAAUCUGUUCUGUUCUGUUCAUGUAUACCAGUAGAGUUAGCUUAUUAAUGAAAUCUUUCUCUCUUCAUUCUUAAA